CCCAAAUCGAUCUUGUCUAGCUUUGCUUCUUCCCUGAGUCGUCGAUUGCAGAGUUGCUUCUUUGACGAAGAAAAACUCGAGUCCAGGAAGCCUUCUUCACUCCUCCCCGUCCCAUCGAUUAUCUGUGGCGGCCAUGAGGGUAGCCUCCAUGGUGGUCGUCCUCGUCCGAGACUCCGCGGGCUACGGCGCAGCCCUCGCUGACGCGCUCCGGCCGUCGCCGGGGCUCACGAGGGGUUCCUCGCCCUUCGAUCUCCCUCUCGAUAAGUACGGCCUCAACGGCGAGAAGGCCUCUGGCGAGCUCGUUAGCUUCUCUGACUCCAGUGGCUCUCCUCAGGUGUCCUUUUUUGUUCUGCCUGACUAUAGGCCUCCUGUUGCUGCAUGUGCUAUGAAUGAGAUUUUAGCAUUGAUUUCUUCUGAAGCUCCCUCCAUCCAGCCCGUUCUGAUUGUACCAUUCAUCACAAGACCAUCAGGCUGUUUCCAUGGAAUGGUUAAUGCAACCAAAACUGGGCAGUUAACUACACUUCACGCUGCUGAAAUAGGGGCAUCAAAUGAGUUUACUCACUUGUUGGUUGAUGGAAGUAUUAAACCUCCCCCAUCUUUGCAAAUACGUAGUGAACCAAUACAAUGUUUGCUGGAAAUAGUGCGGGUAUUGAAGAUACCCACAGUUCUUGUCACAUCAGGUGGGCAGCACCAAGGCAAAAGUUCUUCAGACUCUGACCUUGAGGUGCUGCAGUGCGUGGGAGAUCACGUAGCCAAGCACAUCAACUUGGAGUUCUCCAAAGAAACUGUCAUUGAGACAGGGGUUGAGAAAUCAGCGAGCAUUCAAGAACCCUGGCGUGAACUGUAUCUGUGACGAUUCUAAAACAUAUCGUCUUUGUGCCCUUAUAAAUAGAUAUCUUAACAUUUUAGAUUCGGAUGUACUUUUUUUUUCUUUUUUUUGCGGGUGGAACCUAUUCUGUUCAUGGUGUGGUAGUGAUGAAUUAUGUGAUUUGUGCAAGGGGCUUGUAACACGAGCCACACUUAAUUUUCCUUUA